AUGAAGCUAUUAUUCUUGCUUCUCUGCUUCAUCAUCAGCUCCUUAGCCAUUGACUCCGUUCCUUCCGAUCUCCACAUUGUCAAAUCCAAAACUUUCGAAUUCUCCGACUUUCGUGAGCUGCUGGAAUGGGAUUUCGAUCUUCGAGACAUUGCAAGUUACGUUCAUCAGAGCCCUUCAGCCAUCACCUUCUUGUCCACUGCUUCAUCAACCAUACCAAUCAGCUUUUCGAAAUGUGGAAUGGACGGGUUGAUGUUCGAACUGACCAGAGAGGUACCAUUGGUUGUGGACGAUUUCUUGCUCAGCCAUUUUGAACUCAUGGCCUUCCUAUACUGUACUCAAAACGAUUAUCAAUUCGUCUUGGACCUAACCGCAAUCACCCCAGCCAACCAUACCUCCGGAUCUAUUCUCAUCGAGUUGGAAGCUAUGAACAACCAUUUGGACACCCUCACUCUCCGAAUUUUUUCUGUUCUCUUUAUUGCUCUAAUCAUCGCCCUUACCGUAUUCCUCGCCAUCAUCAUCCACAAGCGCCUUCAAGAACGCCGACAAGAGAAAAGAGCACUGAGCACAUUGGAUGCAGCAAAUGAUAUUGAGAUGGUUACACUGACUGAUGGACCGGCUGAUGAGCAGGAUUGGAUUUAG